CUUUUUUCUUCUUUUUUUAGAUAUUAUGAUCAAAUUUGUUCCAUUGAACCCAAAUUCCCAUUCUCUGAAAAUCAGAUCUGCUUGACAUUUACCUGGAAGGAUGCUUUUGAUAAAGGUUCACUUUUUGGAGGAUCUGUGAAAUUGGCUCUUGCAAGCUUAGGAUAUGAAAAGAGCUGUGUGUUAUUCAAUUGUGCAGCGUUAGCUAGCCAGAUUGCAGCAGAACAGAACCUGGAUAAUGAUGAAGGAUUGAAAGUCGCUGCUAAGCAUUACCAGUUUGCUAGUGGUGCCUUUUUACAUAUUAAAGAGACAGUUUUAUCUGCCUUAAGUCGAGAGCCUACGGUGGACCUGUCUCCAGAUACUGUUGGGACCCUCAGUCUUAUUAUGCUGGCACAGGCCCAAGAAGUCUUUUUUUUAAAAGCCACAAGAGAUAAAAUGAAAGAUGCCAUCAUAGCCAAAUUGGCUAAUCAGGCCGCAGAUUACUUUGGUGAUGCUUUUAAACAGUGUCAGUACAAAGAUACUCUUCCCAAGGAGGUGUUCCCUGUCUUGGCUGCAAAGCACUGUAUCAUGCAGGCCAAUGCUGAGUACCACCAGUCUAUCCUGGCAAAACAGCAGAAGAAAUUUGGAGAAGAGAUUGCAAGGUUACAGCACGCAGCAGAAUUGAUUAAAACAGUGGCAUCUCGCUAUGAUGAAUAUGUCAAUGUGAAAGACUUUUCUGACAAAAUCAGCCGUGCCCUUUCUGCAGCAAAGAAGGAUAAUGACUUCAUCUAUCAUGAUCGAGUUCCAGACCUUAAAGAUCUGGACCCAAUUGGCAAAGCCACACUUGUGAAAUCUACCCCAGUCACUGUCCCCAUCAGCCAGAAAUUCACUGAUUUGUUUGAAAAUAUGGUUCCUGUGUCAGUGCAGCAGUCGUUGGCCGCCUAUAAUCAGAGGAAAGCUGACUUAGUUAACAGAUCAAUUGCUCAAAUGAGAGAAGCCACCACUUUGGCAAAUGGGGUGUUAGCUUCCCUUAAUCUUCCAGCAGCAAUUGAAGAUGUGUCUGGAGAUACUGUACCUCAGUCUAUAUUGACUAAAUCCACAUCUGUGAUUGAACAGGGAGGCAUCCAGACUGUUGAUCAAUUGAUCAAAGAGCUACCUGAACUACUACAAAGAAAUAGAGAAAUCCUAGAUGAGUCAUUAAGAUUGUUGGAUGAAGAAGAAGCCACGGACAAUGAUUUAAGAGCAAAAUUCAAGGAACGCUGGCAAAGGACACCAUCUAAUGAUCUCUAUAAGCCUUUAAGAGCAGAGGGAACCAACUUCAGAACAGUUUUGGAAAAAGCUGUGCAAGCAGAUGGGCAGGUGAAAGAACGUUACCAGUCUCACCGAGACACCAUUGCCCUUCUGUGUAAGCCGGAGCCUGAGCUGAACGCGGCCAUCCCUUCUGCUAACCCAGCAAGGACCAUGCAGGCAUCAGAAAGUUGUAAAUGUCUUAAAAUCCUUAUGACCAAUCUUGAUGAAGUAAAGAAGGAAAGAGAAGGGCUAGAGAAUGACUUGAAAUCAGUGAAUUUUGACAUGACAAGCAAAUUUUUGACCGCUUUGGCUCAAGAUGGUGUAAUAAAUGAAGAAGCUCUUUCUGUCACUGAGCUGGAUCGAAUCUAUGGAGCUACGACGAAAGUCCAAGAAUCUCUACGGAAACAGGAAGAACUUCUUAAAAUAUUCAGGUAAGGUUUAUAUGCUUUAGUCUCACACCAAGAGUUUUCAAAAAUGAAGCAAUCUAAUAAUGAAGCUAACUUAAGAAGAAGGUUUGAGAAUUUAGCUACUGCAUAUGACAACUUUGUUGAGCUUGUGGCUAAUUUGAAGGAGGGCACAAAGUUUUACAAUGAGCUGACUGAAAUCCUGGUCAGGUUCCAGAACAAGUGCAGUGACAUCGUGUUUGCACGGAAGACAGAAAGAGAUGAACUCUUAAAGGAUCUGCAGCAAAGCAUUGCCAGGGAACCCAGUGCUCCUUCAAUCCCUACGCCUGCCUAUCAGUCUUCUCCCGCAGGGGGCCAUGCUCCCGCUGUGCCAACGCCCGCGCCGAGAACCAUGCUGCCCGCCAAGCCCCAGCCCCCGGCCCGGCCUCCGCCGCCUGUGCUUCCAGCAAACCGAGCUCCUCCCGCUCCCGCUCCCGCUCCGGCUCCGGCUCCCGCGGGGACGGGCACUGCUCCACCGGCCCCGGCACCCGCUCCUGGUUCAGCAGCGCCCCCUCCACAGGCCCAGGGACCCCCCUACCCCACCUAUCCAGGAUAUCCCGGGUAUUGCCACAUGCCCAUGCCCAUGGGCUAUAAUCCUUACGCAUACGGUCAGUAUAGUAUGCCGUACCCGCCAGUGUAUCACCAGAGCCCCGGACAGGCUCCAUACCCAGGGCCCCCGCAGCCUUCAUACCCCUUCCCUCAGCCCCCGCAGCAGUCUUACUACCCACAGCAGUAACAUGCCAGCCCAGAAGCUCGACUGGUUCAGUUCAAAGGGAAGGAAACACCAGCCCUGCAAUAAGUGUACUAAACUCUGUGCUCUGGUUACUGUAACGUCCUCUGUCGUGCUGAACGCGGUGUGCAGUUUCUGUCCGCGGCUGCGAGCCGAGACUGUGCCCCAGUUCCACACUCGAUCGCACACCGAGAGAUGCUGCUGUUGCAGUGUAAACACUAUGAUAGGUAUAAUAGAAUUUGAAAUAAGUUACCUUUCAGUUCAUCAAAGUUGAAAAAUGAGAAGCUAAACCCACAAGUGAAACGUUUGAAACUAUUAUACUUCUGUCUGCAUAAGACAUGGUUGGGACGUCAGAUACUUACAAUGAUGGUUUAAGUACUGAUAUUCAAGAAAGCUACGUUUUCUUUCUCUUUUGGUUUGUCAGUUUGGUUUAAUUUCCAUUACACUAUUUUGCAUAAUCAAAGUAUUGUAAAUCUUAUAAUUUAAAAAUAAAUUACUUGAGAACAGUUGUCAUUGUUAUGUUUUGUCAUUGAUUCUCAUUACUGUCUAAUUUCUUUCUGGUGUUAGUCUCUCAUUUUAUAUGUACGUAAGUUAAACAGAUAACUGUGUUUAAGUGCAUGAUUAGUUCAAGUUAAUAGUCAGGUUUAUAGGAAAACCAAAAAAACAGUACCGUAAUUUAUCUUUCAUGUGCUGAUUAGUAUGUUAAUUUUGGCAUUUAUUUUGAAAAGUCCUAUAAUGUGGAAGAAACACAAUUGCUACCAAAGAUUCUUCAAAUAAAUAUGUGUAUUUAAAGUUUUAUUAGCUUCUCCAAGAAAUUGAUACAAAUUCUGGUAAUAGUUCUUUCCCUUUUUUUUCCCAUAACCUGGUUAAAAUAAAUACAUAUCAUUGACAGGACUGUCUAAUGUGAUGGGAUUGUUUAAAGAAAGCUUACUGUACCCCUCUGUUCCUUUUUUCCACCUUACUGUCUUAACUUAAUAACAUUUAAUGCACAAUGUAUACGAAUAGAUCUAAGCCCUCUGGUUUUUAUGCUCCUAAAAGAUUAGACUAUUUUAUAAUUCAGGGAGCAUACUAAACAAUUGCUGGGAACAUAUGCCAAUUCUGAAUAGGCAUGAAUAUUUAAUACUAGUCUCUGCUGUUAGGAUAACUAAUCACUGUAUAAACCUCAGUAAAAGUAGUGAGACAUGCAUCAUGGAGUGAGUAAAUGAGAAAGGAAGGGGUUGUUGAAUAGCGGGGACUGUUCUGUGUGAGGUUCAUUUCUGAACACAUCAGGCGUGUGAGCAGAUUUCCAGUGAGUCUGUUGAUGUUUAUUUUCUAAGUUUUAAUGCUCACCUUUUCUGGCGUUCUUGUUUUCAUUGAAAUGAUGCUGUCAUUUGGGCCACUGUUAUAUUUUCAUCGACAGUUUGGGUUAUGUUUUAAAUGUUGGACUGAAGGUAUGAUUGUAAAAGGGAGUGAAUUGGUUUAAAAAUAUAUGUACAUUUAAAAAAUAUCACUUUGUUGUACGUAGAAAACAUGAAGGCAUGUUACUUUAAUAUAAAUGACCUUUCCGUGGAAUAUUGAAAUUGGUUUAAAGUGCACUAGUUAAAACCUUGGCAAAAGUAGUUUUUUUUACCUACCAUAGCUACAUUUUAUUAAUGUGGAACCAUCAAAGUAUGACCUAGGCUUGUUUGACUCUUAUGUAAAAGGCAUUCAAGUUCUGCAUUCUUACUGUUUUUCAAGGUGGCAUAUGCUGACGUGAGACACUCAGUGGGAAUUAAGGGUUUUCCAAAUUGCUAGUUUACUAUUCUUACUCAUGCAGAAAGAAACAAAAACGAAUUGGCCUGAAUAUUCUCUUGGGGAAAGAAGUCACUGAGAAAAGAGGAAGUGCAUCAGGGCCAGAAGAGGUUAUAAGGCCCCUUAGCCGGUUCCAAGUGCUAAGUAGGCCAGCUCCCAGAGAGCCACGGGAAGAUCGUUCAGAAACUUCUGGAAAGGAGGCUCCACAGCCCCAAGUGGCAGCCUCUUGGAGCCUGCCCGAGUUGCUCAAAGCCUUUUUUUAUGCAGUAACCCGGCCCCAUUCCCUCCCGUCAGAUCACUCAUUCUUCGGGUAAUUGAGGACAGUUUCUUUUGGUCACCUGUGGAUGGGUACAGAUGACCAAACUUCUGCAGCCUUUCAUUGCUGGGUUAGUCUCCAUAGCCCUUCUGAUUCCAGUAGGGUGGCUCAUGGAAAGAAGUUUCUCCUCCCAUCUGUUUCACCUUCUGGCAAACAAGGAAGCCCUCGCUGGCAUGAGCUUUGUUACCAAACGUUUUUGUCCUUUGCUCAAUCAGUUUCUUAUCUGUAGUCCACAAAAAUACCCUAAAAAGUCGUUACGGACGGUGCUGUUCGAUUGUAGUUGCAAGUGUGCCUCUGGUUCAGAGAUCUUGUUACCUCUUUUUAAUUAGGCUUUCUGAUGAUUUUCCUAAACUAAAGAAACCAUUCCCAGACCGUUUACGUUCGGGUUUGGAAUACUGUUUUUAAAUGGACUGACCGCAUGGCGGAGUUAGUCGGCAGUGGGGGGAAAAGCCUCACUUCUCCUAUUUCUUGUUCCCAGUUGGAGACGGACGGCUUGACUUCUCAGUCUGCUGUGAAGUCCUGGUCUUUAUUCUCCGUUGAGACAAAACACAGGUCACUGCAAAUCAGUCCGUCUUUGUGAGAUAGUCCUGUCCCCGUACCCCCAACUUGUUUGCAACUUAACAGUCUCUCCCUCCCUAAAUGUAAGUAGUUAAAAAAAGAUUUCACAGAACCUUCACGCCGUUUUAUCCCCAGUCAGCAGCCUUUCUGGUCAAAACAUUUAAAAAAUGUUUCUCCUUAGAGCUUUAGAGAGUUUGCAAAAGCGCUUCAUACACAUCUUCUGAUUUCACAGACAUGAUGAAAUGCAAUUUAUUAAGUAGGUUUCAGUUUGCCAAUGGGUGUUUUUUUUUUUUUUUUUUUUUUCUUUUAAUGAUCGAUACAUCUUGAAGAAUCUUGCUACAGCCUAGUGGCAUCUCUCUCUCUUUUAAACACUUCUGCAACUAUUAGUUGAUUCACAGCACAGAACAGGAUACAAAGUAGGAAAAAAAAAAUGCUGUAGUGUUACAAUGACUAGUUUAAAAAUAGACUUUAGAAUUAAAUGGUUGAUUAUAAGGUUUACAUGGACGAGCUAAGAAGGAAAAAUUAUAUUUUUAAAGAAAAAGAGAAUAUUCAGGCUUUAUUUCUGGUAUGAAGUUUAUAUUUUUAAAAAAAAAAUCCUAUAUUAUCACACCAGAGAUUUUAGAUUCUUUUCUGGUUACAGACAUUGCUGGUAGUUGGAUUAUAUUUUUAUUGUAUUCAUUUCUCUUAGGGGGAAAAUUGUAAAGCAACAAAAAGGUUCCCGAUGAAUGUAUCCUAGAAAUAAAAGUUGAAAGAUUCUUA